GAUAUUAAGAAAAAAUUGAUGUGAGCAAGAGUAGAGUAGGUGUGUGGUGAGCAACAAAACAAGUCUCUUCAUCUUCUUGUUCAAUGGCUUCACUCUGCUUCUCUCCAUCGGUUCUCAGUUGUAUGAUAAAACCUCCGAUUACUGGAUUUCGGAAGCAAAGAUUGAGCCUUUUUGUAUGUCGAGCAGCCUCCCUCCCGUUUCGUGAUCUUGAUGCAGACGAUUUUAGACAUCCUCUUGACAGACAGAAUACGUUGCUUUUGAGAGCCAUACCUGGUCUCAAAGACAUUGGAAAAGCCUUACUAGGGACUGUUUCAGAGCAGAUUAUGCUUCUGGAAAACAUAGGGACGUCAGUUCUUGUUUCCGAAGAUCAGCUACCUGAACUUCAUUACUUAAUGGUUGAGGCUUCUAGAAUACUCAAUAUUGAGGCUCCUGACUUGUAUAUACGUCAAAGUCCUGUACCCAAUGCAUAUACCCUGGCUGUCAGUGGUAAAAAGCCUUUUGUAGUAGUUCAUACAAGCCUUGUGGAGCUGCUCAGUCGAAACGAAUUGCAGGCUGUCUUGGCUCAUGAGUUAGGUCAUCUGAAAUGUGAUCAUGGUGUGUGGUUGACAUUUGCUAAUGUUCUCACUCUUGGGGCCUACACUGUUCCUGGUGUUGGCAGUUUGAUUGCUCAAAGACUAGAAGAACAGCUCUUACGCUGGCUUCGAGCAGCGGAACUCACCUGUGAUCGUGCAGCUCUUCUUGUUGCUCAAGAUCCAAAGGUGGUUGUUUCAGUACUAAUGAAAUUAGCUGGCGGCUGCCCAUCUCUAUCGGACCAACUGAAUGUGGAUGCGUUCUUAGAGCAAGCUCGCUCUUAUGACAAAGCAUCAUCAAGCCCAGUCGGAUGGUAUAUUAGAAAUGCUCAAACAAGGCAACUUUCACAUCCACUCCCUGUUUUACGUGCACGCGAGAUUGAUGAAUGGUCAAGAAGUCAAGAGUAUAGGUCACUUCUUCAGCGUGCAAUACAGGUGAAUCCUGUGCAAAAAGUUUAGCGCUUCAUGAGAAUGAACAUUGGAGCUGAAUACAUGUAAAUAUACAGGUACUAUCUAUUCUUCUUAAAAUCUCAGAUUGGAUUCAGUGAGUUGUUAGUAAAGGCUGGAGGAGCCUCUACUUUGGCUAGGCAUGUGGAUAUAAACCAGGAAAAAGUGCCUCUUGUGAAAGGUUUACAGUAAAUCUAGAGUGGUUCAGUAGAAUCACAACUUACAACUAUCAGCUUGAACAUUAUGUAUAUGUAUAUAUAUGUGUGAAAAUCAAGUACUUAGUAUGUGUUAAGAUAAAUGUAUAUUUCACUCCACACUCUCAUAUCAAACAUAGUGUAUUCUAAAUCUUCCAAGUCUGCAUUGUUUUAGAA